AUGGAGCAACAACUGAAUUGCAAUGUCCAAGGUUGCGGUGUCCAACUCACGGGACAAGCAGUCGUGACCGUGUGUAGAGGCCCUCUGAAUGCCUCGGAAAUAUGCGAGCAGGUCCUCGACCCCUCCGAGGAGUGGAAGUCAAUCGCCCUGAGCGGCCUCAGCCCAACUGUCGUCAUGGAGUGUGCUGGAAGGGCCCUGACCUUCUGGGCAUACCAAACUGCAAACCAGAUCUCAUACCAAGUGCGAAGGAACGCCAAGUUGAAGGACUACUGCGCCGAGCUUCAGGGGGAGAUUGAGAACAUAUGGAGCCAGGCCAACCAAAGAAUCACCUCCCUGACACAAAAGAUACGAGACAUGGAAGUUGAGGAACAAUCUCUCAAGCGCAGAUACGAGCAGCUCCGUGUCACCUUGGAGAAUCGGACCAAGGAGCUCUCGCAAUCCCAAGAGCUCUACAGCAAACUCAAGCAGCGAGUGUUGCUCAGCCAAACCAUGGAAGUUCCGCCCAGCGUUUCGAAAUCACGAACGCCCAUGAGAGCAGCUGGCAUCGCAGACCCGGGCCACGGACAAACCCAAUCUCAACUCCCUCGUCCAGUUGCAUCCGUUAGUGCUCGAGGGGGGCCACCUGAAUACUUUCCAGCCAGCCCAAAAUACGCAAAGACCCAGCCCAAAUCGACGGCUUUGACGGAAUGGAACAAACCGACCACCUCCCAGCAUACCAGCUACGCCAUCCAGCAACUUGCAAGUCAGAAACCCAGCGUCAUUAGCCUUCACGUCAACGCCUAG